UUUUGCCUUCACCCUACUUUCAGGAAAACUCAUUCGGACCACCAUUACCGAUCCAUGGCGUGCCUCCGCUUCUCGUUCCUUUCCAUGACUGUCGCUCCUAGCACCUCCUUCUCUCAGCUCUACCGAUUUCAGGCGCCUCCUGAUCAAGGCGGUAGCGAAACUAGUUGCUAGUAGGCGACAGAUCGACCAGACUACAGCAGUCCUGGAUCUUAGUAACAUUUCUAAGAUCCCAGGAGGACAAACUUCCUGGGGACAGAGAAGCUUCAGCCCGCUAGAUCGAUGUUAGCGGGCUAAGCGACCUGCAUUACCGGUAUAUGCUCGUCUGGGCAUGGCGUGGUGAAGAGUUUUACAACGAGGUUUUGACUCAGUAGCCCGUUAGGUUUAUGAUAGCGGGCUAAGAGACCGACAUUACCAAUAAAUGUUCGUCUACGCAUGGCGUGAUGAAGAGUCUAAUAGCGGGGUUCUUAGGAUACGGAUGUCCCAUCUAAGAUAUUAGGUACCGUAAAAGCUACCGUAAGUCGUCCCCACGGCGCUUUCUUCUCCGCGCUUUCUUCCUCCUCCUUAGGCGUUCUGCCAGCACGCGUACUUCCCCAUUCAUUUCACCUGACGACCGCAUUGUUUCACUCACCUGCCACAGCAGCUCUGCUCAUCAGGCUCUGCUGCCAGAAGCCGCCAUCGGGAUAGUGCAUAACGCAUAGCCCUAGGGCUAUCUAUUUCUGCCUUUCGUCUUCCGUAGCGCAUUAGUUGGCCACCUACCUACCAGAGCAGCUGUGCUUGUCAGGCUUGCGAGAGGGACCUCGUCCGUGUUACCUACUGCUUCUGAUCGUCCAAGCGUCGCAACAACAGAUUCCGCGACAAAUGGGGAAGAAGAAGAGCUCUCGCAGCUCUGCUCGCGGUGGCGACGACGCGGACGACGACGACACGGCGAGCAGCGCGUCGUCGGCGUGCGACCUUCCUGCCGUGCACACGGGCGCGCGCGACGACGUGUACUGCGCGGCGUCGGCGACCGAAGCGCUGCUGGACGCGCUGCAAGAGAAGAGGUCAACGACUCGUGAGGCGGCUCUCAAGGGUCUGAUGACCACUCUGGCGUCUCAAGUGCAUGUGGAUCUCGUACAGGACAAGUACGACACGCUCACGCAGGGCUUUCUCGCCUGCCUUCGGAAGGGCAAGGCUCCGGAGCAAGUGCUCGCUGCUCGCUGCCUUGGUCUGCUCGCGCUCACUCUAGGUGCUUCAGAUUCGUGCGAGGAGCUGCUCGCCUCCUCCCUGCCUCACCUGGGCAAGCUGGCUCGAGCUGCUGGCUGUGCUGCCACUCGUGUUGCUUGCACGGACGCCAUAGGGAUGAUCACAUUCGUGGGCGCCAUGGACGCGCAUGCCACAGAGGAGAGCAUGAGCCUGCUCUGGCUGGUCGCCAACCCGCAGGGCACCACCAAGGCCACGGUGCCAGCAGCGGUGAAGGGGGCAGCUAUCAGCAACUGGACCCUGCUGCUCUCCACGCUGCCCUCCUCUCUGCUCGCCCAGUUCUAUGCCCGCAGUGAGCUGGAGGCACUCUCCCGCUGCCUGCAAGACGCAGACAUGGCUGUGAGGGGGGCAGCAGGCGAGGCCAUAGCCCUCGUGCACGAGCACUGCCCCCCAGAAACCCUGGCUGCUGCUGCUGCCGCUGCCGGGGCUGAUGACGCUGGGACCGGUGCAGGCUCGGGAGGAGGUUCGGCAAACGGUUCGACAAAUGGUGUUGGGAACGGAGUUGUGGAGAGCAGUGACUCGGAUGACUCUAUUGUGGACGGGGUGGUCAUUCCAGAUAAAACCGUGGGAGGUCGACACCUAGGCACCGGCGCGGUGCACAAGGCGGUGCAGCAGAUGCAGCAGAUGACGGUGGGCAGCAGCAAGCAGAUGACCAAAAAGGACCGCCUCUCGCAGCGGCUGGCGUUUCGGGAGAUUCUUGGGUCAAUAAGGGACAACGGUCGUUGCUCUGAGACGGUCAUCAGGCUCAAGCACGGCGACUCACUGCGUGUCGACACGUGGACGCUGACAGUGCAGUUGAAUGCUCUUCGCAAGUUUCUGGCCGACGGCUUCCAGCGCCACCUGCAGGACAACGACCUGCUUCACCAGGUGUUCAGCUACCAGCCGCGCACUGAAAAGAAGGAGGUGUUCCAAACAGCCGUGCAGAAGCGCAUGAUCCUCUCACCCAACUCCGAGGCCAGUCGCAAUCGCUCCGUGGCUCGCAGACGCAGCCGUCUUGCAGCUCAGGAGAGCAACCAUGCAUUCUUCGCUCACGAUGACUGACGGCAACACAUUCGUCUAUCAUUCUUUAUAGGUUGGUGUCGCGUCGCCAUGUACAUUCAAGGCAGCUCGCCUCUGGCACAUCCAACUACUGGUCCAGGCCCCCAGAAGUCAGGAAAGUUUUCCUGAUUCAGGAAAAAAACAGGGUGUUGAGGGGUACCAGAUCUGAUUUGCUAGGGUUUUGUUUUUGGCAUAUCCUGAAAUUUCAGGGUUUUUUUUGUAAGGGAUAUCUGUCAGGUCAGUUUUUUUUUGUAAUAGAUCCUGAAAAUUCAGACUUCUAUCGAGCAUGGGUUCUGAUUUUGUCAAAGGC